UCUUCUCCUUCUUCUUCUCUUCGCAGGUGCAGAAGUCUCUCCGCGCGAAAUGAACUCCCUCGCCGCGAGAUUCGCCAGGCUUCUCCGAGCCUACGCCUCUCAAGAGUCGGGUGUGCGCAGGGCGUCAAGGUGGUGGUACUCGACCGAGGUUUUGGAUAGCGAGAAGGAUGAGGAGAAGAAGGACGACGAUCUGGGCAAUGAGGAUGACGACAUUCUGGGCGACAAGAAGGAGUUGCAGCCGCAUGGCGUGGAUCCGAGAAGAGGUUGGGGUUUUCGUGGGGUACAUAAGGUAAGUAAUGUAAUGGUCUCUUCCGUGAGGAAAUAUUUGAACAGAACGAUACCUGUAAUAUGAUUGA